UGAUUUCGCAUCACGUUAUCAAGAUCGUAUUGACCAUUUGUUUGAUAAUAAUUAUGCCAGGUCUGUCGUCGCUGAGGAGACCGCCGAACGAGUGUGGUACCUACCGCAUUUUGGUGUGGACAACCCGAACAAAGGUAAGCUGCGGUUGGUUUUCGAUGCAGCGGCGAAGACCCAAGGCCAUUCGCUUAAUGACUUUUUAUUGCAAGGCCCUGACUUAUUGAACUCGUUGUAUGGAAUUAUGAGUCGAUUCCGCGAGUACCCAGUGGCCGUGGUAGGCGAUAUAAAAGACAUGUUUUUGUGUAUAAAAAUUAGAGACGAAGAUCAACACGCGUUAAGAUUCUUAUGGAAAGGCAGGGAUGGUCAACCUGUACAGAAAUAUGCAAUGACUUCACUUAUUUUUGGCGCGAAUUGCUCUCCGUUUGUAGCGCAGUACAUAAAUCAAUCCAAAAAUGCAUCUAGAUUCCGAGACAAAAUGCCAACAGCCGUUCACGCCAUAAAUACAAGUCAGUAUAUGGAUGAUUAUAUUGACAGUUUGCAAGAUCCAGGCAGCGCGAAGAAGAUGGUGCAAGAGGUAUCGUACAUCCACCAACAAGGAGGUUUUCAUAUGAGAAACUGGAUGAGUAAUGCCCCUGAAGUACUCGAAGAUGUGCCAAAGGAAGAUUUGAGCGGGAAUGCAGAGAAGAAUAUGGUGAGUAAUUCCCCCGAGCGCACACUUGGAUUACUUUGGUACCCGGUCUCUGACGAGUUAGCCUUUGACCUAUCUUUGAAACGCAUACCUGCAGACAUUUUGAAUUUCACACGAAUACCUACUAAACGCGAGGUUCUACGCAUUGUUAUGUCCAUUUUCGAUAUUCAUGGUUAUUUAGGCCCUGUCACGAUUAAAGGUAAAAUAUUAAUUCAACAGACUUGGAAAUUAAAUAUUAAAUGGGACGACGAAAUCAAUGAUGAUUUAUUUUGCUAUUUUCGCGAAUGGAUGGAACAGUUAAAAAAGAUUGACAACUUGCGCAUACCCAGAUGGUAUUUUGCUACGAGUAACCGUCUCGAACAAAACACUGCUACGACUGCGAGCGACUACGAGAGCCUAGCUGCAUCUACGAACGCUACGACGAUACCGCAGGACGCGAGCCCUAUUACCGAAGACAUGAGUGCGAGCGAGACGGGGCUAGAACUACACGUGUUCUGUGACGCAUCCCCGCACGCCUACGCCGCGGUGGCUUACUGGAGAAAAAGGUGCGACGACGGCAAAGUGGUCGUUUCCUUUAUAAGCAGUAAGAGCAGAGUGACACCGCCGUCGAAAUCCACAACAAUACCUAGACUUGAGUUGCAGGGAGCGUUACUUGGAUGUCGUCUGGCAGAUGGCAUUAAAAAGGAGCACCGCCUGCAACCCACUGCCACCUUUUAUUGGACUGACUCUACAACGGUGUUGCACUGGAUAAGAAACGAAUCAAGAAGCUACAAGACUUUUAUUGCUAACAGACUCGGAGAGAUCGAUGAGUUGAGCAAAAUUUCCGAGUGGAAUUAUGUUUCUUCCGAACUGAAUGUAGCUGACUUGAUUACAAAGAACAUCGCCGACUGCGAGCUGAGCAGAGACUGUGUGUGGUUCACCGGUCCUCUGUUUCUUCGUGACGAGCGCGCGCUGUGGCCGCGAGACCCUGUGAAAGAGGUAAAGAUAAGUGAUGACAUCUUGGAAAAAGUAAAUCUGUUACAUGAAAUGAAUAAGGAAAACCACUUACCAGUACCAGAUCCUCAACGCUUCUCCAGCUGGUUGCGUUUGCUGCGCGCCACUGCAACUGUCUUAUUGUUCAUAGAGAAAUGCAAAAAGAACAAACUUACCAUUGUAACCGAUGAGCUGAUGCAAAAGGCGGAGAAGCUUCUGAUACGUCAUGCACAAGAGCAAAGCUUUCAAGAAGAAAUUAACCUUCUCAAGCAGGACAAACCACUGAGAGCCGAUAGCCGACUGCGGUCACUCACCCCGUACCUGGACAACGACGGUUUGCUGAGGGUUGGCGGCCGUAUAGACGCCGCGAAGGCUGUGAGUGACGAGGUAAAGAAUCCUGCCAUUCUAGAUGGACGACAUGAGACCGCGAGACUCAUAGUGAAGCACUAUCACGUCCGCGCCGCACACUCAUGCAACGAACUGGUGGUGAAUGAGCUGCGCCAAAAGUACUGGCUUCUCCGAUUGCGUCCCACUGUUCGCACCGUUGCCAGCCAAUGUAAUGUCUGCCGCAUACGCAAAGCGAUGCCAAACCCGCCUAGGCUUGGAGACCUGCCCGAAGCUAGAUUAACCCACCAUCAGCGACCAUUCACAAUUUGUGGACUUGACCUGUUCGGCCCCAUCGAGAUCACCGCCGGCCGACAAAAGCUGCAACGAUACGGAGUGCUGUUCACGUGCUUGUCAGUACGCGCUGUUCAUAUUGAACUUGUAGCGUCCCUAACAGCUGACGCUCUUAUAAUGGCACUUCGCAGGAUGGCAGCACGCCGAGGAUGGCCGAAAUCUAUAUACUCGGACAAUGGAACGAAUAUGCGAGGCGCAGACAGCGAACUUGUAAAGGCCUUUCGUGAACUAGACCAAGAUGCUGUAGCUAUGCAAGCAGUCAACAAAGGCGUAGACUGGCACUUCAUACCUCCAGUGAGCCCCCAUAUGGGAGGUGCAUGGGAACGCCUAAUACGCAGUGUCAAGACCGCGCUCAAGGCUGUACUCAAAGAGAGAUCACCGAAGGAGGAAGUUCUCACAACGCUAAUGGCGGAAGUAGAAAAUAUGGUGAACAGUCGCCCUCUAACGCACGUAUCAGUAGAUCCGCAUAGCCAAGAAGCAUUAACACCUAAUCACUUCCUGAUCGGAUCGCCAUCAAACUUGCCCCUACCAGGUGUCUUCAAUGACGGAGAUUUAUAUCUGCGAAAGCAGUGGAGAACCGCGCAACGCCUCGCUGAUCUCUUCUGGAACCGCUGGGUGAAAGAGGUAUUGCCAACACUUAUCCCACGCCAAAAAUGGCAUCGCGAAAGUGUACCGAUACAAGUAGGAGAUGUAGUAGUCGUUGUUGAUCCCGCUUCACCCCGAAACCAUUGGCGUAAGGGAGUGAUUGAAAACGUCUAUCCAGGUAAGGACGGCCGAGUUAGGGUAGUAGAUGUUAGGACCAGUAGCGGUGUGAUGAAGCGACCAGUGACGCGCGUAGCUGUACUGUUGGGUAAUGAGUGUCGCAAAGCCGACACUAGGGGGGAGGAUGUUAACGAUGGCCACCAGUAGUAGGUAUAGUAGCCGAUAGAUUUACGUAAGAUACUUAUUUUUACUUGCAAUUAAACUGAUUUACAUAUCUUCCCUACUAUAUUUACUUUUGAUUAUAAUGUGUAUCUGAUUUUACCUAUUUUAAGCUAAUUAUUAUUUUGUGUUUAGAAUGCUACAUGUAUGUGCAAUUAUUUAUCUAUUCUAAUAAAACUAAAUGUUUAACAUCCCAUUUGGAUGUUACGGUUGUUUACCUACAUGUUUAUGUUUGGUUUGGUAUCAAUAAAUAAUACGCAACUCCGGGUGCGCGUAGGUAAUAAUAUUGUCGCGCCUAGAACAUGCUAGAGCUAGCCGUUAGCGAUGCGGCCCGCUGAUUGGCCGGAGGCCUCUGUCCUUUUAUGGCCAGAAGCCACUCGCGGCCCACCGCGCCGCACACGGGGCCGAGAGCCGCCAGUCGUGAUCCAACAACUUCCGCGAACGCACGUACGCACCCCCGGACGCGCCUUUCGGUUUUUCUACUACAAACUGGACUUUCAUUUCAUCUUUUCAUCAUCUUUCGUUCACCCAUCGACCUACAUCGCCUACAACAG